ACCCGCUCGUCAGCAGGCCGCCCCUACCUCCUGCUUCCGCUCGCAUUGUAGGGUGGUCGAGAGGAAGGAUACAGAAGAGCCAAAAUGGGAGUAGAAAUUGAGACCAUAACUCCGGGCGACGGACGGACAUUUCCGAAGAAGGGGCAGCGCGUCGUGGUGCACUAUGUCGGCACUCUGGCAGAUGGGAAAGUGUUUGACUCUUCGCGAUCCCGGGGGAAGCCAUUCAAAUUCAAGAUUGGACACCAGGAGGUUAUCCGUGGUUGGGAAGAAGGAGUAGCCCAGAUGAGUGUAGGUCAGCGGGCAAAGCUGAUCUGCUCACCAGACUUUGCCUAUGGCAGCAAAGGGCAUCCAGGGAUCAUCCCACCAAACGCCACUCUCACCUUUGAUGUGGAGCUGCUUAGUCUGGAAGCCUGAAACUUGUGCACUCGCUUUUGUUAAAUUCCACUCAAAUUUUCAGGGUUGACUCCUAUCUCGGGAACAUGGAGGAAAAAAUGUUAACAGAUGAUUCCUGCUCUUGAUUCCCACAUAGGACCUAUGUCUAUAGCUUCACUAGUUCACUCUCCUUUCCAUUUAGAUACAUAUUAUGUUGCCACUUGCUUUAAAACUUUAUUCUUCAUAUUAUACUUUAGAUUCCAUACAGUAAUAAGUCAUAGGCCAUCCCAUCCCAUGUAUUUUGUCAAAUUCUGCUAUGUAUUUUUUAUGGUGAUUUUUUUUUGUUUUUGUUUUUGUUUUUUUUUUGACUUAAAAUCUUCGAAACGUGUCUGCCAUCAGGACCAGGUUUUAGACAAAGCGUCAGAAGUAUUGAAUCAAUCUCAUUCCUGUGGCUCUGUGGCCUUUUACAGUAAAAUUGUAUUGAUUGCGGGUAAAGAAUUGUCUUGAAUAAAAAUAAUAAUAAAUUGCUGUUUGACAGUAUUUCUACGAA